AUGUCGGAAGAAAAGGUCGGACGGGAUUCAUAUUCACUAUCACACGAAAACGAUGACCUCGAGUUGCACGAACUGGCAGAUGUUGCCGACACCGAGGCUCUUUUAGAAAAAACAGAUGAAGAAUCACAACCACCGCAACAAAAGGACGGGCCGGUGACAUGGCUCUCGCUUCCCCGAAAAGAUCAACUUGCCAUAUUAUUCCUCUGUCGCUUCGUCGACUUUCUCCAAGUAGCCUCUCUCCAGGCCUACGUCUUUUACCAACUCAGAAGCCUCGACGGCACAAAGUCCGACUCGGAAAUCUCUGCCCAGGUCGGCAUCCUUCAGGGCUCGUCCACGGGCGCCCAGGUGCUGACGGCGAUACUAUGGGGCAAGGCGGCUGAUGCGACGUGGUGUGGGAGAAAGACCGUCUUGGUCGUUGGCCUUCUCGGCACGGCAGUCUCAUGCCUCGGGUGCGGCUUCGCCAGCAGCUUCUACUGGGCAGUGUUUUGGCGUGCUCUCGGAGGCGCAAUCAACGGAUUAGUUGGUAUUAUCCGUACCAUGAUUGCCGAGAUUACGGUACAAAGAAAAUACCAGUCUCGAGCAUUCCUGAUUCUGCCCAUGAGCUUCAACGUGGCGGGUAUUCUCGGACCUUUACUCGGCGGUUAUCUCGCGGAUCCUUCUCGAAACCUGCCCUCUCUGUUUGGCGAGGGCUGCGUCUUUGGCUCGCGAAUGGUUGAAAAAUAUCCUUACGCCUUGCCCGGUAUCAUCAACGCUAUUCUCCUCAGUGUCACUGCCGCCAUUGUGUUCUUGGGACUCGAAGAAACCCUCAAGUCAAAGAAGAACUUCUUUGAUUGGGGGCUUUAUAUUACCGCCCGGGCAAAGCAAAUCAUCCUCCGACGACCGAUUGACCAAGGCUUCUCUCGACUCCGAACCACGGACACUUUUGAGGAGCAACCUUUCGUUCCCAAGGAGGUUGCCGAUAUCAAGGCACAAACUCCGGAGAAGCCGGCCAAAGUGCUUCCCUUCAACCGUAUUUGGACACGCAAUGUUAUCCUGACUCUCGUUACCGGCGCCUUUUAUGAUUUUCAUCUUGGUGCCUUUACCAAUCUCUGGACUCUUUUCCUUUCGACGCCCCGCGUCGCUUCGGUCGUUCAGCAGCUGCCAUUUUCUUUCACGGGUGGUCUGGGCAUGCCUUCCUCCAUGGUCGGCAACGCAACCUCGAUACUGGGCAUUCUCGGCAUGCUGCUACAGAUAUGCCUGUACCCGCCAGUACACGCUCGGCUCGGCACCCUACGUUCAUUCCAGUGGUUCCUGAUUCUGUUUCCCAUUGCCUACUUCUUUGCUCCCUACCUCGCCGUCCUGCCGUCCUCGUCCGAGGCGCCCGAGCCGGCGUCGGGAGCCUUCAUCUGGGCCGGCAUCAUCUUUGUGCUCUUCUUCCAGGUGGUGGCCCGCACCAUGACGCUGCCGGCGAGCAUCAUUCUGCUCAACAACUGCAGCCCGCACCCGAGCGUGCUGGGCACGAUCCACGGCCUCGGCCAGAGCACCUCGGCCGGCUUCCGCACCGUCGGCUUGCUGGUCAGUGGGUGGUGGUACGGCGCCGGCCUCGACAUGAAUGUUGUCGGCGCCAGCUGGUGGGGCGUCACGGGCAUGUCGACGUUGGGAUGCGUUGCAGCCAUGUUUAUAUAUGAGGGCAGCGGACAUGAGAUCAUGUUGGAUUAA